AACGAGGUCGGUGUUAGAGAUGGAACUUGAGGCGAUGCGAUGGGCUCUAGAGCUUGUAACGAUGCUAAAUGCAGAUGAACAAUGGCCAGCCCUAAAACCAGUCCUUCAAGACACACUCACAACAGCCGGCGCGGUGUACCGUCCUUGGCCGCCAGAGUGCGUAGACGUUGCGAACGUGAUGGUGGAACAGUGCAAGAUGUUCUUCGUCCAUCAGGAGUCUCCGCCCACUGCCGAGUGUUGCCGCUGGUUCAGUAGCCGCCAUAAGAAUGCGAAGGAGAGGCGAAGGCUUUGCCGGUGUAUGGAGUUUCUGACCACAGCCAUCAAACCACUCAGGCCAGACGUUUUGGCCCUCUCCGACCAGUGCCAUUUUAGCUCUGGCUUUCCUAUGUCUAGAGACCACACAUGCGCUUGUAAAGCAGAGGAGGCUUAAAGAUGACAGAACUACGAAGAACAUCUUUGUUUUGUAUCUUAAGGCUGUCACGAUUUGUUAUUUUCAUUUUUUUGUGAAGAAAAACCAAGCUAACUUAAUAUAUUACAUCUUCUGGG